CAGGAGGCGGGUGGUCGCCCGGAGACUCCGCACCUCGGAGUGACGUCCUGCUGCAGUGCCGCUGCCUGCGCUGCCCGAGCUCGUCAAUGGAGCUGGAAAACAUCGUUGCCAACACCGUUUUGCUGAAAGCCAGGGAAGGGGGUGGAGGGAAACGCAAAGGCAAAAGCAAAAAGUGGAAGGAAAUCCUGAAAUUCCCUCACAUUAGCCAGUGUGAAGAUCUCCGAAGAACAAUAGAGAGAGAUUACUGCAGCAUAUGUGAGAAGCAGCCCAUUGGAAGGCUCCUCUUCCGGCAGUUCUGUGAGACCCGGCCCGAGCUCGAGUGCUGCAUCAGGUUCCUUGACUCGGUGGCAGAAUAUGAAAUUGCUCCAGAUGAAAAGCUGGGAGAGAAAGGGAAGGAAAUCAUGAUGAAAUACCUCACCCCAGAGUCUCCAGCCUAUGUUCCCGAAGUCAGUCAAGAACUUAUCCAGCAGACAGAGGAGAAACUGGAAAACAGCCCCUGCAAGGAGCUGUUCUCUCCCUGUACAAAAUCUGUCCUUGACCACCUCAGUGGGGAACCAUUCCAAGAGUACCUAAACAGCAUGUACUUCGACAGGUUCCUCCAGUGGAAGUGGUUGGAAAGGCAACCAGUAACAAAAAACACGUUUAGGCAGUACAGGGUGCUGGGGAAAGGCGGCUUUGGGGAGGUCUGCGCCUGCCAAGUGCGAGCCACGGGGAAGAUGUACGCCUGCAAGAGGCUGGAGAAGAAGAGGAUCAAGAAGAGGAAAGGCGAAUCCAUGGCGCUCAACGAGAAGCAGAUUUUAGAGAAAGUCAAUAGUCAGUUUGUAGUCAAUUUAGCCUAUGCCUAUGAAACAAAGGACGCACUGUGUUUAGUUCUGACCAUAAUGAAUGGAGGUGACCUGAAGUUUCAUAUCUACAACAUGGGAAACCCAGGCUUCGAGGAGGAAAGAGCUUUGUUUUAUGCAGCAGAGAUUCUUUGUGGCUUGGAAGACCUUCACAGAGAAAACACUGUGUACAGAGAUCUGAAGCCAGAAAAUAUCCUGCUGGAUGAUUAUGGCCAUAUUAGAAUAUCUGAUUUGGGUCUAGCUGUCAAAAUCCCCGAGGGUGAAUCAAUCCGUGGAAGAGUAGGAACAGUAGGGUAUAUGGCUCCAGAGGUGCUGAACAACCAGAGAUACACACUCAGCCCUGACUACUGGGGGUUAGGCUGCCUCAUUUAUGAAAUGAUUGCUGGGCAAUCGCCGUUCCGUGGGAGGAAAGAGAAGGUGAAGAGGGAAGAAGUGGACAGAAGAGUGCUGGAGACAGAGGAGGUGUACUCCCAUAAGUUCUCUGAGGAGGCCAAGUCCAUCUGUAAAAUGCUCCUCACCAAAGACGUGAAGCAGCGGCUGGGAUGUCAGGGGGAAGGGGCAGCAGAGGUGAAGAGGCACCCCUUUUUCAAGAGCAUGAAUUUCAAGCGGUUAGAAGCAGGAAUGCUGGAUCCUCCCUUCGUGCCUGAUCCCAGAGCAGUGUACUGCAAGGAUGUGUUAGACAUUGAGCAGUUCUCCACAGUGAAAGGAGUUAACCUGGACCAAACAGAUGACGAUUUCUAUUCCAAGUUUUCCACAGGAUCGGUGUCUAUUCCAUGGCAAAAUGAGAUGAUAGAAACAGAGUGCUUCAAGGAGCUGAAUGUAUUUGGACCAAAUGGUACUAUUUCACCAGACCUAAACAAAAGCUACCCCCCAGAGCCACCCAAGAAAGGAUUGCUACAGAGAAUAUUUAAGCGACAGCAUCAGAACAAUUCAAAGAGUUCUCCAAAUUCAAAGGCCAGUUUAAAUCAUCACAUAAAUUCAAAUCACGUAAGUUCAAACUCCACUGGAAGCAGCUAGUUCCAGCUCAGUCCCAUGAAACAACAUGUUGCAUCCUUCCACUAUAAUCUCUGGAGCUUCUGUGGAUGAGAGAGCCUCCACCGUUGAGUGAAGAGAAAGAAAAUCUGGAUCUCCCAAAAUGGAGAUUUUCUAUCCAUUCCUUCCAGUGGAGCCUCACAUUUUAAGAAGAAAUUUCCACUCAGGUCUGUUUUUGGAGGUGGCACUCAAGACUGUGUGAAUCAAAUUUGUCUCUUUAGAACAUUGCAAUAGAAAUUCAAUGAACAUGACUACUUGCACGUAUUUAAAUAGCAUCAUACUAGAACUGAAUUUUGUCUUUAUUAUUUUUAAAGAAAAGUUUUGUAAAUUUCUCUAUUGUCUCAGUUUACAUUUUGUACAUUUGUAUUUAAAUGAAAGUCAGACUUUGGAGGUGUAUAUUUUCCAAGCAGCAGCUGUAAAGCCAUGUGUUUUAAGACAUUUUUUUAAAAGAAACAAAAUGUGACUCAAGACUUCCAGAGCCUCAAACGAGAAAUCAUUCUUUUUAGCAAUUCUAGAAAAUUCUUCAUAAAUCACUUUAUCACACGGGGGUUUAUUGACAUGCAUUUUUAUGGAACAGUUUAUUCUUAAUUAUUUUACAUCUGUAUAUUUGGUUUACAGCAACACUGCAUACAUUUCUCCUCUUCAUUAGUUUGUAAUGUCUCGCAUUAAAUGCUAAAAGACAGGAUUUUGAUGCAUUCAAAAAUGCUACUUGCUAUGCUGAUGGUUUGUGAUGUCUUGGGACCAGCCCAGCUGAGAUUUGCACUUAUGUUGUUGCUCCAUCAAAGGCUUUUUCGUUAGACAGGGAGCCCUGUUUUAAGCUCUUUUCCUUCACCAGUGUUUGUGCUGUUUGUAGCAGCAGGCAGAACAAAGCUGAGGGAGAGGUGACCAGGAUAGCAAACGUCCAUUUCUUUUUCUAGGACUUCAAACCUGCACCUGCUGAAAGGAGAGCAAAACUCAAAGUGUUCUCCAUGCUGCAGUCAAAAGCCCAAGGUCUUUCCACAGCUGCCCACAUCAAAGAGGCAGCAGGAGGGAUGUUCAGCAGUCUGGCUUGUGCCAACCGUGAGAUUUGUGACAGCUUUGUGGGGCUGAGCUGUGGAGGCUCGGGGUGGGAUCUGAGCUGCUUUUGGGCAGUAGCAGAACCCACAGGCUGUGCCUGCACUUAAAAUACUGCCAUGUGUCAUGCAAACACCCCCUGACACAUCCCCUCAAUUAGACCCUCGACUGAAUGAAAUGCCAGCAUGAAAUAAUAACUCCCACUCCCAGCUCCAUCGUUCUUUGUCCAGGAUCCUUUAACCAUUGACAAAAAUUCUGCCUCACUAGGAUGAGCAGAUCAGGCAGGAUCAGUAGCAGUACCUCAGGCAUCAGAAUCAGGCUCUUCUCAAGUAUUUCACUCUUAUUGUUAAGAACACCAGGCCAAAAAAUAGGGUACCUUCCCUUCCACAGGAGCUGGAAAUCCUUUGUGCCCACAACUGCAGCCCAAAGUGUUCUGUAGGGUGUGUGGGUUCCCCAUACUCCUUACAAUGUUGGCUAGACUAUACUGAAUUUUUUAAACCUUUGGGUCAUCAGGAGCAUCUGAAAGCCACCCUGGUGUGUUUAAAAUCCUGUUAGCCAGCAGUGGAGCUACCCCAGGGUCCAAGGAAGUGAUAUUCCAGUGGGAGUGUUAAUGACCAAAAUUCAUUAGACUGCCACAUGCAUGUUCUGUGUGGCCAGUGCUGAGGGGGAAAAGGAUGAAGGUUGGUGGUGGCAAAUCCCUGAGUGAGAGACACACAGGAAUGACAUAGCAAAGCAGCUUGAAGCUGUGAGACAGAGGGACAAAACAGGGACUUCCAUAGAGCAGCUGACAGAGAAGAGUCAAGACAGGGAGAUGAGGCUUCAGCCAUUCUCCCAUGUCAGAUGGUGGCAUUGCAGAUCUUAUAGAAGAUGCAGGAUUUUAGAGAUGUUGCUAGUUUGGCAUGUGAAGACUAAAAUCUUCAUUCUUCACCAUCUCCCAGUAUUGAGAAAUACCAGCCAAUCCCUUACUGAAAGCUGGUGAACAAACUGCAAAUGUUGGUUAUACCUUUUAGAUGCUCCCAGCCUUACCCUGUGGUGGAUGACAUUUUAGGGACAGCAGUGAAUGACAGCAUUUGUGCCUUGUCCUGCUGUUCUUUCAGGCAGGCCAGCACUCACUGAGCAGCUCUGGGGCUCUGGCAGAGUCCUGGAAGGGUGAGAGCAUUCAUUCUCCCUGGGUGCCUGCAGGGUGUGAUGCUAGGGCUGGGUAUCCUGAAUUCUCAUGGCAUGGAAGAAGGAUGCUGCUGUGCACCUGGAGGCACCAAGCCUGGGAUGGAGCCCCUCUGAAUCCCACCUCCUUGGAGCAGUGAGAGAGGAAGGGGAGAGACACAAAACACCACCAGCAGACAGAGAUUUCAUCCCUGCAGUGUCUCUACAAACUACAAACAGUAUUACCAUGCUGGGGCAGCAGAACUUUUCAGCCCCCAGCCCUGGAAGGCUUAAAAUCCAUCAGAAGUGCUAAUGACCAGUCCUAGGGAUCUCCUUGUCGUGGUUUGCCUACAACAACAAAACCUGCAGGAUUUCUUGUUUAUUCCUUCUUAAUUUUGUUGGGCUUUUUUUUUAUUUUUUUUUCAGCUUACCUUGCACUCAGAGCUGGAGUAGGAGCACAGUCCUUGCACUUCCAUAGUGUGACCAGGUGCAGUUUGGGCCCAGAACUCAGGGCUGAAGCCCUGUCCAGGCAGUGCCCUGCUCAGCCAGGCUUCCACAGGCAUUUGGCCAUUGGCUCCAUGGAGUCAAAUUUAAAAACCACUGGGAACUCUGAAAAAAAACUUACAGUUUUGUCAUACAACCUCGGAGAGCAUUUGCAAUAAGAUUUUUAGUAUUUUGACUCCAGGUGAAUUUUGAGGUGGGUCUGCAGGUAACAAAGGAGUAGAAAGGAGUAGUUUUGUAAUAGCUUUCCAGACUGAUUCAUUUUCUUUAUGUCCUCUUCAGUUAGCAUCCAAAUUCUUUCCAAAAAAUGCAUAUGCUCAGAUCUGGUUGCUUGUUUUAAAUAGACAGAUGAGCAAACUUAGCUCUUUUUAAGAAUCAGAAAUCAUUUGCAAUCUGAUCCUGAAUUAUGCAAGCACGCCUUUUAUUUUUAAAUCUUUGUUGAGGAGUCUGAUGAACACUAAUUAGUUGACAGACUUUCAUGAGUCAGGUGUUUGCUAUUCAUUUCCUACAGUGUCUCAAGGUUCAUUUGAGUCUUGUAGCAUUUUUUCCCACUGUUGGAUGUGAGGCUUUUUUUUAAACAAAUGAAUAAUGAAG